CACUCUUUUUCUAUCUGCCUGCCAAAUGAAAGGAACUGUCAAAGUCAAAUUCAUAUAUCUUCAAUGCGUAUUUUAACCCUAUUAAAAUUUUAAGUUUUAGGUUCUAAUUUAUAGCAGAAGAUAAAGCACCUUUCAUUAGGUGCAAAUUUUAAAGCGCAACCAUUCUGACAAAACAAAAAAUGGAUUUUAAUUUAUCAUUUUUCACCGGCGUUGGCUGUGGUCUUUGUCUCGGUAUUUCAUUAUUUGCGUUAAGAAAGUAUUUAACAAACAUUGCUGAUACAACGAAAGCUGUUAAAAAGUAUGCUACAAAUGGCGAAUACAAACUGGUUUUAGUUGUUCGAACAGACCUUCAGAUGACUAAAGGCAAAAUAGCAGCUCAAUGUGGCCAUGCUGCAGUAGGUGCCUAUGAAAAAGCUUUAAAAGAGGACCCUUCAAUCUUGAAAACCUGGUUAAGAACUGGCCAAGCAAAAAUAGCUCUUAAGAUAGACUCAUUAGAGUCAUUGAAACAAAUUUCUGACAAUGCUAAGAAAAUGGGACUGAUUACAACUACUAUUAGAGAUGCCGGAAGAACACAAAUAGCACCAAACUCAAUCACUGUCGUCGGUAUCGGACCAGCACCUGUUAAAAUGAUUGAUAAAGUGACCGGAGACCUCAAAUUGUUGUAAAUUUAUGUUUAAGUUAAAAUAUAUAAAAAUGAAAUAUUAUAUUUUUACCUGUU